GUCUUGCUUUAAUAUAUAUAAUAAAAUUUGCAUUUUUACUUGAGAUCUGUAUAUAAAUCUCUUCUUCUCCUUGGUCCUCCAUGUGCAUGAUUUCUUCUAGCACUAUUACAACCAGCUUCUUCUCUGAUCAUGGAGUGCUCAAGUUUCCUCCUUUUCUCUUUGGUUGCAUUCCUUUCUCUUAGGGAAUUUGUGAGGCUAUCAGAGGCAAGAGCUGUGUUCGUCUUCGGCGAUUCUCUGGUCGAUAGUGGCAACAACAACUACUUGGCGACCACCGCUAGAGCCGACUCGCCGCCAUACGGCAUCGACUACCCGACGCACCGGCCGACCGGCCGGUUCUCCAAUGGACUCAACAUACCUGACAUUCUCAGUGAGCGAAUAGGCGAGGAGCCGACAUUGCCUUACCUCAGCCCUGAGCUGCAAGGAGAGAGGUUGCUCGUCGGCGCAAACUUCGCUUCGGCCGGAAUUGGCAUUCUGAAUGAUACUGGAAUCCAAUUUCUAAACAUUAUAAGAAUAAGUCAGCAAUUGGCGUACUUUGAGCAGUAUCAGGAGAGGGUGAGUUCUAUCAUUGGGCCGGACCAGACCCAACGGCUAGUAAAUCAGGCGCUGAUUCUCAUUACUCUGGGCGGCAAUGAUUUCGUCAACAAUUACUACUUGGUGCCUUACUCCGCCAGAUCACGGGAGUUCUCUUUGCCGGAUUAUGCUCAGUAUAUCGUCUCUGAGUACAAGAAGAUUCUCGCUAGGAUUUAUGAACUGGGAGCGCGGCGGGUUCUGGUGACCGGAACCGGUCCGCUGGGCUGUGUUCCGACGGAGCUUGCUCUGAGAAGCCGGAAUGGAGAGUGCGACCCGGAGCUGCAGCGCGCCGGCGAUCUCUUCAACACCCAGCUUCUACAGACCCUCAGAGACCUCAACACAAACAUCGGCACAGAUGUUUUUAUAGCAGCCAAUGCGUUUAAGAUGCACAUGGACUUCAUCACCAACCCCGAAUCCUACGGUUUUGAGACGGCGAAGGUGGCGUGUUGCGGGCAGGGGGCGUAUAAUGGAGUCGGACUGUGCACGAUUGCGUCCAGCGUGUGCCCUAAUCGGGAUACGUAUGCGUUCUGGGAUCAAUUUCACCCGAGUGAGAAAGCGAACAGGAUUAUUGUGAGCCAAUUCGUGACUGGUUCGGUGGACUACAUGAAUCCCAUGAAUUUGAGCACCAUCUUAGAGUUGGAUGCGAGGACUUGAAGGAAUAUAUACAGACAGCGUUUCCCAUUGUGUUUUUUUUUUAGUUAUUUUGGUUGUUUUUUAGGGUUUGGUUGGAGAAGAUGAGGGUGAGAUGGUGAUUUAAAGUAUAAAUAAAGGGUUUUAAUGGGUUAUGAACUCUUCAAGGCAAUGUUAUUAUUAUUAUUAUUUCUA